UCGCUCUCGACGUACCGGCCUUGCCUUGCCUGCAAGCACACUCUACGCCCCGUCCCGCAUGGCGCUGCUAUCAGAGGUCAUCGGCUUUUCGUCGGAGAACUCGACCUCGUCAUUGGGCAGGGAAAGGCACGCUCUACGUCACGAGCGACGCGGUGAUGAUGCCGGACGCGGACUCGGCUCGGCCUCGUACGAGCUUUACACCUACUCGUGCUCGUCAAACGACGAGAUGGAGGCACGCGCACUCCCGCCGGCUCCUCGACCGAGUGCUGAUGCUCCGAGCGCGAACCGGAGCCUGGCUUCGGGCUCGGGUUUGGGCUCAGGCUCGGGCUCGGGCUCUGGCUCGCACUUUGAGGUCAUCGACACAGUUGGCUCGAGCCGCGAGGCGCCGAUGGCGUCAAACCGGACGCUGGACGAGCUUGAGGGCGGCGCGACACUGACGCUCUCGUCGCGGACCCGGACAUAUCUGGCCAAAGCAAUUAAGGCGACGGACGAGAUCCCGGUAGCGCCUGAUCCCCACGGCGACGCGGCGCCGGCAGGCAAGCUGCUCAACCAGUUCCUGGCCUCGGGCAUCUGCUGUAACAACAUCGGCUCGUCGUGUCUGUACGUCAUUGCGCUCUGCGCAGCGCCGGCGGGCAAGUACGCGCCCAUAGCGCUACUCAUCAUCUGCGGCCUGCUCUACCUCUUCCGCUCGAUCUACACCGAGGUAGUCUCUGCGCUCCCUGUCAACGGGGGGACGUACAACCUCCUGCUCAAUACCACGUCCAAGGCACAGGCCUCACUCGCAGCAUGUCUCACCAUGCUCUCGUACGUGGCGACGGCAGUCAUCUCGUCGUCGUCGGCCAUCCGGUACAUCAAGUCGCUCGCCACCGACGUUGAGUGGUUCAAUGUCAUCACCUUUACCAUUGCACUCCUCGCCUUUGUUGCCAUCCUCAAUCUGCUCGGCAUCACCGAGUCUGCCGGCGUUGCACUCGGCAUUCUCCUGCUCCACUGCUCGUCGCUUGCGAUUCUCCUGGUGUGCUCGGCCAUCAAGGCUGUGACCGACAUGCCGCGGGUCGGCAACGAGUCCGUCCUCUCGCACAACUGGACGUCGACCUCACCCGACGGCGGCGUGUGCCUUGUGCCGAUGGCGCUUAUCGAGGAGCAGGCGACCGAGGGUGCGCUGCUCUCGCUCAUGGGCCGCAUCGCAGCCGGCAAGUGGCUUGAGGUGCUCAUCAUCAUCGACGCCGGCCUUGUCCUCACUGGCGCCGUCAUCUCGUCGUUUGUCGGCUUCAACGGCCUUGUCCACCGCAUGACCAUGGACCGCUGUCUCCCGCAGAUUCUGCUGCGGACCAACAAGCUCCGCGGGACCCGCCACUACAUCAUUGUCGGCCUCUGGCUCCUCACCUCGGCCAUGGUUCUCUUCACUGGCGGCAAGAUCGACAUCAUGGCCGGGGUCUACACCAUUGCUUUUCUCGCCGUCAUGACCCUCUUCACCGUCGGCAACAUGCUGCUCAAGCUCCGCCGGUCGAACUUGCCUACCCGGCUCCGUGCCUCGUGGCCGACCGUCAUUGUCGCCUUUCUUGGCGUUGUCCUUGGUCUCAUCGGCAACAUUGUGUCGCGCGACCAGACCGCGCUGGCGGGCUUCUUCAUCUUUGGUGCCGUCUUUGCGCUCCCGGUCCUGGUCAUGCUCAACCGAACCCAGCUGCUGCGGAUGGUGGCGACCGCGACGGCGAGCUUUGCCCGUUCGUGGCUCGCCACCACCAUCGCGCGCCGAAUUCAUUUCCCGGCCAAGCGCCUCGCCCACCACUUGACCCACAAGCCGCUUGUUUAUUUUACCAACCACGACGAUCCUGUUGUCCAGGCCAAGGUCGUUCGCUACGUCCUCAACAAUGAGCUGCGCCGGUGGAUCAAGUUUGUGCGGGUUUAUCCUCACCGCACCACCGUGCCAGGGGCCAUCCCAGCCUCGUACCUCUACCUCCAACGGCAGCAUCCAGACAUGCGCAUCGAUUACGUCGCCGUCGUUGGCGACUUUUCGCCCGCCAUGGUCCGCCACAUCUCGUUUGUCCUCCACGUCCCCACCAUGUUCAUGUUCAUGUCGAGCUUUGGCGACUCGUUCCCGCACUCGUACAUGUCGCUCGGUGGCCUCCGCCUGCUGAUGUAG